AUGUAUACAUGCUAUUCAAUGCCAAAAAGAGUACAUGAUAUUAGAGGAGGAGCAAAUGAAGGAUCAACUCUUAUUAUUUGGUCCAAAAAUCCACCAUUAUCAGACGCACCAGGUACUCAAAAUCAACGUUUUGUUUAUGUCCAUCCAUAUCCAAAUGAAUGGUAUGCUGAAUAUCAUUCAACUAUUGAAUACAAUCAGGGUGGAAGAUGGGUUAAAAAAACUCUUGAAUGGCCUACAUAUAAAAGACAUUUCUAUCUUCCUUAUCGACUUGAUCUUGACCUUUGUUAUCAAGCCAAAAAAGCAUCUGAUGGUAGAUCUGUAUGGACUGGAAAUCAACACCUCAAGACACUUACCAAUGGGUACCAAAUCACAGCUUCAAGAUGUAGUGCAACAGAAUCAAGACAGAUAUUUAUUCCAGUUUUUGCCUAA